AAAGUCGACGCUGAACUUUUGACGUAUAGAACGUGUUCGCCAUAAUAAAUGUUGUGCUAAAACAAGUGACAACAAGGUGGCGUUUGUAUUCUUAUCAACACAUAUUGGUGUAGUUAGCAAGUGGUUUGUCGGCAUUGUAAAAAAAAAAAUAAGGAAGACGGAAAGAGCGAAGGAAAAUUGAGCAGAAAAGGGCCAGACCAUGGCGUCGGCAUCUGCUAGUGUGGAUUCCAAGGCAGAGCUGACCUCUCUGCUGGAGCAGUGGGAGAGGGAGCAGCAGGCCAGCACACCGGACCUGGUCAACAUCCUGACUAAGAUUUCAGAGCUGGUGGAGAGGGAGACUGAGGAAUAUCACAAAGCUGAUCCGGAUCCUUUUGAUGACAGGCACCCUGGGAGAGCGGAUCCGGAAUGCGUCUUGGGUCAGCUGCUAAAGAUCCUGUUCAAAAAUGAUGACUUCAUGAAUGCUCUCGUUAAUAGCUAUGUGAUGACCAGUAGAGAGCUCACCCUCAACACUGCAGCUUGUCGCCUGCUGCAGAAUAUCAUGCCUGGGUUGGAGACUGCAGUGGUCUUUCAGGAGAAGGAGGGCAUAGUGGAGAGGCUUUUUAAAUGGGCCCAGGAGGCGGAGCAGCCCCUGAGAGUCUAUGCUACAGGCCUUUUGGCUGGAGCAAUGGAGAACCAGGACAUCGCUGCCAACUACAGGGAGGAGAACUCUGUCGUGGUGCCUCUGAUGCUGCAGCGGCUACGCGAGCUGCAGGCCAAGGACACUGAAAACCGGAAGGGGUUUAAACGGCCCAGUCCCAGGAAGAGUCUGGGGGAACCUCUCCUUCCUCUGGAUGAGGAGACGGUCGACGGGGGCUUCGAGGACAACCCUUUCCCCCCGGGGAAUGAAGGCAUUGAGAGGAAUGAGAAGGGAUCAGAUGAGGACCGAGUGGAGAUCCACAGCCACGAGUCUUACAGCGAGAUCUCCUUCCACCUCAACUACCUUAACCACACCCACAAGACCAGUAGCUGCGCUAACUCCGCUGUCAAAGGACUGAUGAAGCCUGUGUCUGCCCCGCUGCCUCUGUCCCACCGGGACUUGCCCGACGGCAGGGAGGAGGGCAGCACUCACCUCAAGAGGAGAACAGAGAGGGAGACUGGACGAAAGGUGAAACAGAAACUGAACUUCUCCCUGCCAGACCCGGAGAGGAACUUCAGCGAGCUGUCCAACAGCAGCUGGUCUGAGAUGAGCCCCUGGGUGAUUGGGAACAACUAUCACCUUUACCCUCUUACCCCAGAGAUGGAGCAGAGACUCAUCCUACAGUACCUCACCCCUCUGGGAGAGUACCAGGAGCUUCUGGCUGUCUUCAUGCAGAUGGGAGCCUGUGAGCUGCUCAUCCAUUACAUGGACCUGAAGCAGACCAACGAUGUACAGCUCACCUUUGAGGCUCUCAAGUACCUAGCCUCCCUGCUCCUGCAUAAGAAGUUUGCCGCCCAGUUUGUGGUCCAUGGAGGGGUUCAGAAGCUGCUGGAGAUCCCCAAGCCUUCCAUGGCCGCCACAGGGGUGUCUCUGUGCCUCUACUACCUGGCCUACAACCAGGAUGCCAUGGAGAGGGUGUGUAUGCUGCCCCACUCUAUCCUGUCUGACGUGGUGAGCUACAGUCUGUGGCUGUUGGAGUGUUCCCACGCCUCGGGCUGCUGCCACGCCACCAUGUUCUUCUCCAUCUCUUUCUCCUUCCGAGCAGUGCUGGAACUCUUUGACAGGCAGGACGGCCUCCGGCGCAUGGUCAACCUGAUCAGCACAUUGGAGAUCCUGAACCCUGAGGACCAGGGUGCCCUGCUGAGUGAUGACCAGAUCUUCUCCAGCAGGCAGACGGCCAAGCACACCUGCAUGGCCCUGCGCAGGUACUCCGAGGCCCACCUGGCCAUCAAGGUGGAGCAUGUCAAGCAGUCCCUGCAGCGGACUGAAGGGGGCGCUCCCAUUCACCCACAGCCUUACUACAAGGCAUGUAGUUACACCCACGAGCAGGUGGUGGAGAUGAUGGAGUUCCUGAUUGAGUACGGCCCAGUCAGGCUGUACUGGGAGCCUGCAGAAGUUUUCCAUAAGCUCUCCUGUGUGCAGCUUCUCCUGCAGCUCAUCUCCAUUGCCUGUGACUGGAGGACCUACUACGGCAGGAGUGACACAGUGCGUUAUGCCCUGGACAUACUGAGCAUCCUGACGGUGGUCCCUAAGACCCAGCUGCUGAUGUCGGAGUCUGUGGCCGUGCUGGAUGGGGAGGGGGGCAACGCCAUCUCCACCGUGGGUAUGGGUGUAGUCCUGGUGGUGGCAGAGGGAGAGGUGUUUGUGAACGAUGCCGAGAUUCAGAAGUCUGCUCUGCAGGUGGUCAUCAACUGUGUGUGCGCUCCAGAUAAACGCAUGUCCGGCAUCGGCAAGUUCAUCUCUGGCACGCCCCUCAGACGUCUACCCCAGACCACCAAGAACAGCGAGAGCGUGCUCACCAAGAUGUGGAAUGUGGUGCAGUCCAACAAUGGCAUCAAGGUACUGCUGUCCCUGCUGACGGUGAAGAUGCCCAUCACAGAUGCGGAUCAGAUUCGGACCCUGGCCUGUAAGGCCCUGGUGGGUCUGUCCCGCUCCAGCUCAGUCAGACAGAUUAUUAGCAAGCUGCCUCUCUUCAGCAGUGGACACAUCCAGCAGUUCAUGAAGGAGCCCGUGCUCCAGGACAAACGUAGCGAACACGUCAAGUUCUGCAAGUUUGCGGCAGAGCUAAUCAAGCGGGUGUCUGGUAAACCCCUCAUGAUCGGGACGGAUGUCUCCCUGGCCUGGCUGCAGAGGGCAAACGUGGUGGCCCAGUCCAGAAUAUCCUUUCCUGAGAAGGAGCUACUGCUGUUGAUCCGGAACCACCUGGUGGUCAAGGGUCUGCAUGACACUGCCACCACACUCACCAAGGAGGCCGACCUCCCCAUGGCCAUCCUCCCCCACCCAUCUUCCUCAGCUUUGCUUCCUGUCGUUGUUCCCCCUGCUUCUCCUGCCCCUGCCCUCCCCCGGACCCCUCGGCUGGCCAAUGGGGUCACAGCACGGUUGGUGAGCCACAGCUCUCAUCUGUCCGUGCCGUUGUCAGUUCACUCCCAGCCUCGUCCCUCGACGUCGCAACUCCUCAUGGUACCUCCGGCCGCCCCUCCCCUGUUGACCCCUCACCAAAGCAACGGCUCUCCCCUUAUUGGGCGGAUCGCGUUCAUGCGAGAGCGCCCGUCGCCGUGCCCCAUGCCUGCCAUCUGUAAGAAGCCGCGGGUGCUGAGGCAGAAGUCAGACUACGGUGCCUUCAGCCAGAGUCCAGCCAUGAAGAAACAGCUGGACAGACACCUGCCCUCUCCCCCCGCCCUGGACAGCAUCAUCACAGAGUACCUGAGGGAGCAGCACGCGCGCUGCAAGAACCCCGUUACCACCUGCCCCCCCUUCUCCCUCUUCACCCCCCACCAGUGCCCUGAGCCCAAGCAGAGGCGCCAGGCCCCAACCAACUUCACCUCCCGACACACACGCAGGGUUGUCUACCCAAAAUACGGAGGGGUGGAUGGCGGCUGCUUCGACCGACACCUCAUCUUUAGCAGGUUCCGACCCAUCUCUGUGUUCAGGGAAGCAGACGAAGAUGAGAGUGGGUUCAUGUGCUGUGCCUUCUCUGCCCGUGAGCGGUUCCUGAUGCUGGGGACGUGUACGGGCCAACUCAAACUCUACAAUGUGUUCACAGGCCAGGAGGAGGCCAGCUAUAGCUGCCACAGCUCUGCCAUCACACACCUAGAGCCAUCACGGGAUGGCUCUUUGUUGUUGACGUCAGCAUCAUGGAGUUAUCCUCUGUCUGCACUGUGGGGCAUGAAGUCAGUGUUCAUCAUGAAGCAUUCCUUCUUAGAUGACCAUUAUGUGGAGUUCAGUAAACUUUCACAAGACCGAGUCAUUGGCACAAAGGAACACAUAGCUCACAUCUACGACAUCCAGACAGGGCAGAAGACCCUCACCCUCCACUACCCGGACCUGUCCAACAACUACAAGAGGAACUGUGCAACCUUUAACCCCACCGACGACCUGGUGCUGAACGACGGCGUGCUGUGGGAUGUGCGCUCAGCUCAGGCCAUCCACAAGUUCGACAAGUUCAACAUGAACAUCAGCGGAGUGUUCCACCCCAACGGCCUGGAGCUCAUUGUCAACACUGAGAUUUGGGACCUGCGGACCUUCCACCUGCUCCACACAGUGCCAGCUCUGGACCAGUGCAGGAUCGUCUUCAACAACAACGGCACGGUCAUCUACGGAGCGAUGCUACAGGCAGAUAAUGAAGACGAUCUAUUGGAAAUGCAGAUGAAGACUCCCUUUGGCUCCUCCUUCAGGACGUUCAACGCCACUGACUACAAACCCAUUGCCACCAUCGACGUGAAGAGGAAUAUAUUUGACCUCUGCACGGAUACUAAGGACUGCUACCUGGCUGUGAUCGAGAACCAAGACUCGGUCAACACAGACACGGUGUGCAGACUGUACGAGGUGGGACGCCAGAGACUGGCUGAGGAGGAGGAGGAUGAGGAAGAUCAGGAGGAUGACGAUCAAGAGGAUGACGAUGAAGAUGACUCUGACGACGACAUCGACACAGACCCACUGGUUGCCGAGUUGGAAAAUGAAAAUGGAGGAGAGGACGAGGAAGAUGGGAACAAUGAAUUCUCUCCCUCUGACGAUGAAGAGGUAGCUCGUCUGCUUGAGGGGGAUGAUGAUGAUGACUCGGAUGAGGAAGAUGGGGACCUUGCCCUGGAUAACACAGACAGCUCAGACCUUGAGGAUGACAUAAUCCUGUCCCUGAAUGAGUGAGGAGUUGUCUGGGACCGAGAAACUAGGACAGCAUGUCCGGACAUCUAGUGAGAGCUCUCCCGUGGGUGAACACUCAUUAACAACUGAGACAAGACGGUAAGGUACAGUUGGAUAGAGUUGGGGAGAAAGAAGGAUGGGAUUUGGGAAAUUAACUGCGAGAGCCGACAGCACUGCGAGUUUGGAAUAUUGUCCCAAUGCCCACCUACCUCCCAGGAGCAAUAGUGGGAGAAGCUGAUUGGAGAGUCCGAAGUAGAGGUUCAGAAGAAAGUUUCGCCUUUCAAAAGUUUCCACGGAAAUGGUAUUCCUGAAAAAACCCCAGAAGAUUUGUUUAUGAUAUAAUUUUAAUUUUAUACACAGUUUGCUUGAUGAGUGGGGAAAAAAACUGGUACACACAACAGACUGAUUCUUUUAAAAUGUUGAUUUCAUUAAAGCUCUUUUCAAAGUUUGUCCCCCUUAUGGACUAUUGGUCAUUUUCUAGAAUGCUGAAUGACCACUGUCAUGUGUAGACUGUUUUAGAUGGGGAAACUGAAGUAUACCACAUCUCUCUGUGGAUUGAUAAGGCAGAGUGUUCGCUGACUCAAGCUUUCUGUACUGCAUCAGCUCCCAUGUGGUCUGCUAAAGACUAAGGUGCUGCUUGAGGCCGCCACUGUAAAAACAAACACCCACACAGAGAGCUGAUAAUCUGUGGAGCUCAACCAGCCAUAUCCUCAGGUUCAUCUCCACUGCACCACCUACAAUACAAACGUAACUAACGACCAAGACACCACACACAAUAGUGCCAUCAAUGACCAACACCACUGGGUUUCACUGUGUAAUCAUAACGGAUUAAACAUGGUGCUCUUUAAAAAUGCUGAAUGCUGGCAAUUUAGGAAUUGUACUCACAUUAGUGAGUGUAAAACCGUGGACUCCACAAAUAUUGUCAGCACGUGAUUGAUGUAGGUGUAUGUCUACAUAACGAGGCCUUAAAUGAUGCCUGGCAUUUUAUUUUUUACACCGUGUAUGAAUUUGGCUUAGAUUUACGUUUUGAGUGCUUGAUAUCAACAUUGGGUUUAUGCUGUCUACACACAGGAAAUGUUAUAUUGUAAGACAGAAAGCAAACUUUACCUUACAUUUUGGGUUAACAUCUUUUGGGGGGUUCAUUAGUGGACAUUGCUUGGUAUUCAGUUGUUAUUUUGCUACAACCUAUUUUUUAUAUAUAUAUAUAUAUAUAUAUAUAUAUAUUAUAUAUAUUAUAUUAUAUAUAUAUAUAUUAUAACAACACUUAGGAUUUGUUUGGUCCUCUCAUGGAACACCCCUGACAGAAGUGCAUUGGAUGAUGUUUUAGUUGCUGACUGUCAAUAAUGCAGAGACACUGGAUGCACAUGUUUUGCAUUAAGGGAUGUCCGGGUGGGUGAAUGGCACUUGAUUGGCGAUUUAGGAGCCUGUUGGAAAACACAGAAUCCCACCCUCAAAACUGCCGGUUAUAGGGAUAGCAUUGAAAACCAAACAAUGAAAAUUGUUCCCCCGGCUAUGCAGAACAAGUUCACUGUAUUUUGGUUGAGGUGUGUUUUGUUUGGAUUAUGGUUUUGACCUUGAACUUUGUUGGGUGGAAGGGAGGAUGGUUUUAGAAGCUAUUCCUGGUAAGUAUUAAAUUGUGCACAGCUGUAUUAUUCAGUUGCUGCUACUUUUUAACGAGACAGUCAAGAUUCAAAUGUAGGAUGGUCUCGCAUGUAUUGCCAACAUAUCAUGAUUUUUCUUCCCGAAUCAUGAUCUUUUCCUAGUUUUGAUUUCAUUAUUUUCCUUCUGCCUCUCUUCAUUUCUUUGUUAGAGGCGCUCUUGUUAACGAGCCAUAAGAAACAUGUUCUGUACAGUAUGUAUCUAAAAGUAUUUUUGCUCCCAUUUAAUUUAAAGAUUGAGCGCUGUCAUCUUUAGGCCUAAAUUGGAAUACCCUGACCCAUUGACAUUAAGAGAUUAACGGCCCUGGUGUGAACAUAUAUGACCUGCAUCGUGCACCCAAAAGCUAUAAUUCAGUUGCUGUGAUGGAAGAGUUCACUCAUCUCUAACCUACGUAGGAGCCAGGGGUUCACAACCAGAACAUAAACGUAUAGGAUAUACCUCAGAAAUGUACUAAAGAUUUAGUCAUUUGUCGUACCUAAUUUAAGCCAAUUUUAUGGAUAUUAUAAUACACACAUUUGUUUCAUACUUCACUUACUAUUUAUUGUAGACUAUAUGCUCUGUCUACAGACAUGGGCUAUUUGCUAUAUAAUCAGCUAAUUCAGUAGUGUGCUGUUGCAUCACCAUUGGUUACCAUAUGUUAAAUUGGAUUAUGUAAUGUUCUUAGAUAAUUAUAGAAUGGAAUCAUAACAUUCUAAAAACAACCUUGUUUUGAUUAAAAGUGAUUUAAAAAUGUGUGCGUGUAUGAGGUAUUGGUCUGUAUGAGCAUGCUAGAGUAGUUCAUGGGAGAUGUCUGUGUUAUGCUGAAAACAGGCAGGAUCUUGUCUAAGAUAGAAAAAUAAAUGUAUUCCUGUCUGUGGG